AUGGUACCAUAUGACGAUAUGGGAUCCAACCAGACAUUGGCAUGGUGCGCCAGUAAGGCCAAUAGAUGGGAGGAUGAACCGGGUACCGCGAUGGACUGUAGUGCCCGGGAUGUCGGUCACGAGUGGUCGAGGGAUUUAUCAUUGGGUCAGGGGGUGCCGGAGGAGAUGAACGGGAGAGAGCCGUCAGACGUGGAUAUGCAUGACAUCAGAGUCGACAAUGAAGAUCAUGAGAGAACGCAUGAGUACAUGCCAGCACCUGAUAGUCAAACCGACGAUCUAGACUAUGACUAUUCAGAGAGAAGGGACUACUCUAUGUCGCCUUACUCGUCCUCCAUUCACACGCAUGGACUAAGAAGUCAGAAGCUCUACGCCAAGUUCAGCAAGUGUCGGUUCUGGAAACGGGAGAUAGGUUUCCUAGGACACAGGGUUUCAGAACAAGGAGUUUCUGUCGACCCCGAGAAGAUAGCGGCUAUACAAGACUGGCCACAACCCACAAAUGCAACAGAAGUAAGGAGUUUUCUGGGAUUGGCCGGAUACUACCGCAAGUUUGUAAAGGACUUCUCAAUCAUGGCGAAACCAUUAACAAGGCUAACCGGGAAAGGAGUUCCAUUCGUCUGGAGUGAAGAAAUUGAGUGUGCAUUCGCCGAGCUAAAAGAAGCAUUGACGAAAGCACCCAUUCUUACUCUACCGGAACCUGGCAAGCCAUAUGUGGUGUAUACGGAUGCAUCACGGAUUGGGUUAGGAUGCGUUCUAAUGCAAGAGGAGAAGGUAAUAGCUUAUGCCUCAAGACAGCUAAGGAAGCAUGAAGAAAACUAUCCGACGCAUGACUUGGAGAUGGCGGCAGUUGUCUUCGCGCUGAAGAUAUGGAGAUCUUAUCUGUACGGGGAGAGUGUUCAGGUAUUAACAGAUCACCAAAGUCUUAAAUACUUGUUCACUCAAGCAGAUCUCAACCUGCGCCAGAGACGUUGGAUGGAGUUUAUUGCGGACUACGACGUGAAGAUUCAAUACCACCCUGGAAAGGCCAACGUGCUAGUAAGUUUAUCAGCCUUGGAAGGAGAGUCCAGCGAGAGGUUGGGACUACAAGCGAUAAACCAAGCCAGCCUAGUGCAAAGGAUUCGAGAAGAACAGCAACGGGAUGAGAAAAUUCAGAAGAUCGCUACUCGGAUUAGAGAAGGAGAAGGCGAUAAUGAGGAGUAUCAUUUAGCAGAAGAUGGAACCGUUCUUCUCCAAGGAAGGAUCACUGUACCUGAAGGAGGAGAGUUACGAGAAGAAAUACUAAGGAUGGCGCAUCAUUCCAUACUUAGUAUUCAUCCCGGAAGCACGAAGAUGUACAAGGACAUACGGAGAUAUUAUCAUUGGCCUGGAAUAAAGAAAGCAGUGGCAAGAUAUGUCUCCCAAUGCCAGAGUUGUCAACAAAUCAAGGCGGAACACCAAGUACCAGGAGGGUUACUUCAAAGUCUGCCUAUACCAGAAUGGAAAUGGGAUUCCAUUGCUAUGGAUUUCAUCACAGGAUUGCCCAUAGCAAGAGGAAGGCAGAACAACACUAUAUGGGUUAUAGUGGAUCGACUAACUAAGGUAACUCGCUUGUUACCUGUUAGAGAUACUGAUAAGGUGGAGAUCUUAGCCGACCUAUACAUCAAGCAAAUAGUUAGGCUACAUGGAGUGCCAACGGACAUUGUAUCCGACCGCGACCCAAGGUUCACUGCAAUAUUCUGGAGAGCACUGCAAGGAGCCUUAGGAACGGAACUACACAUGAGCACUGCAUUUCAUCCCGAGACCGAUGGCCAGACAGAACGAACCAUCCGGACUUUGGAGGAUAUGCUUAGGUUGUGCAUAUUGGAUUGGGCUGGUAUGUGGGAGGAAUAUCUACCGUUUAUAGAGUUCUCCUACAACAACAGUUAUCAUUCCAGUAUCGGCAUGUCACCAUAUGAAGCACUAUAUGGUAGACCUUGCCGCACUCCACUUUGUUGGACUGAAGUUGGAGAAAGAAGAAUGUUCGGACCGCCGAUGGUUGAAGAAACAAUGGAGAAGCUUCAAACAAUCCGAGCAAACAUGAAGAAGGCACAAGAUCGACAGAAGAAGUAUGCCGAUCAAAACCGGCGAGAGAUAGUCUUUACCAUUGGAGAUUGGGUAUACCUCAAAGGUAUCCGCUCAAAAGGGUAG